AUGACAGUAGACACAAAUUUCGACUUUCCUCACCUUCGUUCCCUGUCUCUUACCACACGGAACGAAGUCCAACCUACUGCUAGUGAGGCUGCCUUUACCAGACAGCCUUCCACUUUUUUUUUGACACCGACAACUGAGUCUCCCGGCUUAUCACCGCGGAAAUUUUUUCUGACUGCCACACUGUCACGUAAACCGUCCGUCCCGACCCCUCUCGUCACCCAACAGGAGUCCAAAAGGAGAGCGACAGCACCGCUCCCACCCUUGUCACCGUCGCCAGAACCGCGAUCACCGGCGUCCCUAGAAAUCGAAGGUUUCUUCACCGACGACGACUCGCUCCUGGACCCGCCGCUGCCCCCUGAGGAACCUGUGUCACCCAUAGGCAACUCGUCGGCGCUCCCAACACCAACUGAGUCCGCUGCAUCACCUGCGCAGCCCUCAAUCAAAUUUCUCUUACCAAAACGGGAAACUGACAGCUCGUCAAGCGAAUCAGACUCCCUCGCGACCACCAUCAAUCACAACAAUAAGCGCCACCGUCACCGCCACUUCUUACCCAGUUCGGAAAUGUCAGCGCUUGCCGAGGUCAAGGUGACCAAGCUGAAGGACUGCCCGAUGCUCACCGCGGGGAAGAUCACGCCAAUGGUUCUACACACCUGGACGAACGCCUGCAGGCGCUUCAUGAAACACUCAGGAAAGGAGCCGGAGGAGAUAGUCAGCUUCAUCGCCGACGCCAUGUUGGAACCGCGCUUACAGGCGUGGUAUCAGAGUGGCUCUGACCGGAUUGACAAACUCAGCCUCGAUGCGUACAUCAAGGAACUAGCCGAGUUGGUCCUCGACAAGAACUGGGCGCAUCAGAUCAAGCAGCAGAUUCUCUCAGCAAAGCAGCCGGACGGCACGCGCUUCGUUGACUGGAGGAUCGAGAUCGAGAACCUCAAUGCCUUGCUUCUGACAUCAUCCAAGAAGCACGCGUUUACCAAGGAUGCUCUCGGGGACCUUCUCGAGGCGAACACCCGACACGCUCUCUCUCUCAAACUACACACCAACCCCACCUCGGAGGAGGCAGACUACAAGACAUGGGCGGACACGAUCCACGCCCUCGACGAGGAACUGCGCAGCGAGGACAAGCGAUUCGAAGCCAAGAUCUCUGCGGGCAAGGAAAAGAAGUCCCUACUCAGUCGCCUUUCUGACCGCAAAGACAACACAUCCGGAACAACGUCUCCCUCCAACAACAAGUCCUCCGACAAGGACAGCACCAAGCUCACCGCGGAGGAACGCGCACUGCUCACCGAAUUUGAGGGUUGCACCCGUUGCCGCAGGUUCUUCACGGACCACCGGUCGCACGACUGCCCCAUGACGAAGAAUAACACCUGGCCGGACUGGUCGACCUACAAACCACUCACGCGCGCGAUGGCGCUUGCAGAGAAGAGCGCUCGCGAGUCCAAGACACGAGUACCGGUAGCCUUCGUUGGGAUGUCCGCCGUGUCAGAAGAUUAUGCGGACGAGGACACGUACGUACCCUCUUCUACCACUACCACCACCGAUCCCCCACCCUCUUUCUCGGUUCCACACCUCUACGCACCCGUGGAGGCCACUGGACCCGCCAUUUCUGAGUUCCCUCUGUCUUUCAAAGCCUUGCUUGACAUUGGAUGCCCUUCCACAGUGAUUAGCGGCUCCACCGCCGCCUCGCUCGGUCUGCAUCGUUUACCCCUCCCGCACGCGGAGGACAAUCUUUGUUCUUUGACGGAGGAUCCCUUGGUCUGUUGA